GUAGUCGUACAUAAAGAUUUGUCAAACGCGACGCGGUGAGAGAAAAUGGCAGACGUCUCCCUGGAUGAGGUGAUUCGACGGCGCGGUAUUAACACGAAGGCCGCAGCGAAACGGCCCACGUUCGGAUGGGGUGCAGGAGGUGCUGGCAAAAGUUUUGAUGCCCGGCAAAAGAUUGGAGUUGAUGUCAGACAGCGGCUUGGAGGAGGAGCAGCAGCAGGUUUUCAAGUGAAGGAUGCCCGAGAAAAGCUGGUACAGAAAGAUGCUCGCUUCAAAAUCCGUGGCAGGGGAGGAGGAGGAGGAGGAGGAGUAGGAGGAGUGCAGGAUGCACGUCAAAUGAUCAACUCACGCAAACAAGGGCAGUUUACUGUUCCUGCACAGGCCACGCCAAAGACAGCAGUAACACACCAGCUACAGAGCCAGACACUUGUGCAGCAGAUACAGAUACACACCAACAACAAUCCUGGGGGAAUGAACACACGGCAGUUUGGUCCAAAUGUACAUGUACUGAGGGGCAGUGGAACCCCACAGCUGAGCACUAAUAAGAGAAUGAUGGAUGCUCGCGAUAGGCUGAGCCUCAAGAGGAGUAUUGGAGGAUCUAUGUCAACUGCCACCCCACCCCUAAAAAUAACAAAGACCAUCCAGCAACGGCCGUUAGGGAUGUCAAGUGGCAUACGUCCAGGCACUCAGCCGGUCUCAAAUGAGCUGAAUGCCACCUCCAGUAAACAAAUAAAGAUUACUACUGCAAACAUGCUACAACCACGGUCUGGUACAAUUGGCUCCGCCUUCUCCAUGUCGGCACCAAUCACCAAAGUGGUUAAAAAUGACGCCUAUACAGCCCCACGUCCUCCGGUCCCGGUGACUCCCGCCCGGUCCAACAGCAGCAUCGCUCCUCCCCGAUCCUCAGCAGCAGCCUUACAGCCAAUCUCCAGGAGCCUGCAGCAAGGCACAGCAGUAGCCAGCACACCUGCUCCUGCUCCCCCUCAGCCCAUCUUCAGUCCUUUGGAGGGGACAAAAAUAACAGUGAACAAUUUGCAUCCCCGGGUCACUGAGGAAGACAUAGUUGAAUUGUUCUGUGUGUGUGGUGCCUUGAAGCGAGCACGCCUGGUGAAGGUUGGUGUGGCUGAAGUGGUGUUUGUCCGCAAAGAGGACGCUGUCAGUGCUUACAGGAAGUACAACAACCGCUGCCUGGACGGCCAACCCAUGAAGUGUAACCUUCACAUUCAGGGAAAUGUCAUCACGUCUGAUCAGCCCAUUCUAUUGAGGCUCAGUGACACCCCAGGCAGCAGCACAAAGAAAGACGGUCUGCCUCCCUCCUUGUCUCGUCCCGCUGGUCAGCGCUCUUCCUCUCAUCCCACUCCAGAGGUCGACCCACAGACCAUCCUAAAAGCUCUGUUCAAGUCCACUGCACAGUCCAGCACCACCGCUGAGCCCCCCAACUCACAGGCCACCGCCUUCCGCAUCAAGAUAUAACUCAUGUUUAGUGAAUAUUACUGCAUUCUCAGUGUUUAGAUAUGAACUGUGGUUCAUCUUGACAGCGGCCAUCAUUCUCAUAGCAAAGAUUUUUACACGUUUGAUAUACAUGGCAACUCCGGAACAUGGAAUUCAUGGAUGUCGACGUCCUGUUUUUUUCUUUUGUGGUUUCCAAAUUUCACCCGUUUGUUUCUUAGAUGGACCAGUGGAAAGAAACGUGAGGUGUCUGUUGUUUUAAUCCAAUGUGGUGGGGGACGCGAAAUUUAACUCUUUAGGGUUGUUGUUUUUUUUUUUACAAUUCAAUGUCACCUAAUCUAAACAUGUUGAGUUAUUUUUUUUUUUAAUACUCCAGUUUAACUCUUAAUUAACCCAAACAUCUCAAUUUAGAAGAAAAAGGGCCUGUGCAUCAACAGUUAUAUUGUCUGCAUGUCUUUUCAAAGUGUGUGGGGGGGGGCAGACCUAAUUUAAACCACAUCCAAUGUCUUACCAUCCAAAUAAUCAAGAGUUGCUUGUGGUUGAAAAUCAUGAAGGACCGGAACUGCGAUCAUUUCAACGAGCCACUUCUCAUUUUUGUGGUAUCGAGUUUCUUGUGUGUUCUGUCGAUGGCUUUACUCGGCUGUCUCGUGUUCCAGUUGGCAUUUGUUUAGUUAUUUCUUGUAUUCGUUACACUUGAUUUAUCUUCAAGGACUGUAAAUUACUUUCAGACGCUUGUCAGUCAGUCGAGAGGAGCCUAGAGAGUGAAACAUGUGAAAUGUCACCAUUAAAUAUUUAGCUUUGUA